AUGGCUGAAGCUGCAGGGAGCUCUGACCAACAUGAACGAACCUGCUCCCACAUCCCAGCGUUCUCAGCCCGACAUCCCAUGAUCCCCAAACUGUAUGUGAUGCCAUGGAAACAGGACAUGAAGAACCGGAGCCUCCUGAUGAAAAACGCAGCUCUGGCAGGGAUUCCUGUGGUUCCUCUUGAGGAGUCUUUGUGUUUUUGUGGUCGGGAACGUCUCUGUCACGGUCAGGACACCAACCACCGCUCUACCUCUUCAUCCUCCUCCUCCUCUUCCUCUUCCUCUGCUCCUCUUAGCCAGACAGGACUGACGGCUCACCACUCCUCCCACCUGUCCAGGUACAACAGCUCUGUUGUGACGACCAGGCGUCUCUACCAAACCUGA